CACAAAAAUAAUUUUUAAUCAUUGCUCGUGGGAGGGACCGGAAGCAUGUGGUGGCGCGGGGUUCUCGUUAUGAGCUGCUUGGUGGUUGGCGGAGUGGUGGCAUGGAGUGACUGUGAAGCUCGGACGUGGGAGGCUGCGCAGCGCAUUUUGGCGACUCGAUGCAAUGAGCUGGAGCUGAAGCGCGCAGCGCCUGUGAGUGCCGACUCGGAGACGUUUAUCAGUUUUGUGGCCGCGCUGCGCGCCAAUGCAGGUGUGCGCAAGCUAGAAUUGAACGACAUCCCCUUUGAUGAGGCCAUGACAGAGGCUUUGAUAGAGGCGCUCGUCGACCGCCCAACAGACCUGUACAGUCUCGAGCUGACGAACUUGCAGCUGGGCGACGAGGGGGCAGACAUUGUGGCAUCUUUUCUUGCCAAGACCUCGGCGCUACGAGCACUCAACUUGGGCCACAAUGCCAUUGGUGAUGUGGGUGUAACUGCUUUGGCCGCUGCCUUGCCCACCUCGUUGCACGAGCUGGAUUUGUCGUGGAAUGCCAUUGCUGCGUCGGGCUUUGAGGCCCUGAUUGAAGCUUUAUCGAGCACCACGGUGCGGGAGCUGGAGCUGGAUCAUAAUGCCGUGACGGAUGAGGCACUACAAAAGGCGUUGCCGAUUUUGGCCCCGACCCAUCAACCUUACUUGCGUGAAUUGGACUUGGAUGAGAAUCCGCUCACAGCGACGGGCGUGGCUCAACUUCAAGCCCUCGUGGCCCAAUAUAGCGCCCAGCGCCGGAAACUGAAGGUUAAGUGGCCACGCAGUCUGCCCUCGCCCUCCAUUCGUGAUGGUAAAGCAGCACACCCGGCGACUCGAGCCCCUUUUGCAAGCAGCGUAAGACGUAAACCAGCUGCCGCGUCCUGGACGGAGGAUCAGGUCAAGUCCUGGGUGGAACGCAUUCAUCCACAGUUUCGCCUGUAUGCCAAAGGAUUCCUAAGCCACGCGAUUGAUGGCUCGGUCUUGUUGGCUCUGACCGAUCAAGACUUGAUUGACAUGGGCAUUGACAACUCGUUGCACCGCAAGCGCAUUUUGAGCGAGAUUGCCAAACUCUCUAACGUCGACGAGCUUCGCUGAUGUUCC